CUGCUCCUACUUGCUAAUGCUAUCACAAUCUCUUGAGAGUACUCAACACACACACACACACACAAUAUUAAGAAAGCGAAAAUGAAGCCUCUCUUCACCAUGUUGCUAUUCUGUUCCCUUCUUCUAUGCUCCUCUUUCUUGGAGCUAGCCAUUGCAUAUGAGGAUUCAUCCAAUUGUAGCAGCAAGUGUUCAGACAGAUGCUCUAAAGCAGGGGUUCAAGAUAGGUGUGUGAAGUACUGUGAAAUAUGCUGCAAUGAGUGCAAAUGUGUUCCUUCUGGGACUUAUGGAAACAAGCAUGAAUGUCCUUGCUACAGAGACAAGGUUAACAAUAAGGGAAAGCCCAAAUGCCCUUGAUGUCAAUUACUAACAAAGACCAAAGCGAGUGCCCUUAUGUGUUUACUGUUUGUUUUAGGAGUUCACCAAGAUGGUUAGUGAGUGCUACCUGUGUAAGGUGUUAGCGAUUUCUCAGUAUGUUCGAUUCAUCUUGUUACUUCAGUUUUCCAAUGUUUGUUGGGUGUUAUUAGAUAUGAAAAUGAUUAAUAAAUUUUACAUUGAGUUGGGCAAACAACCAUUUUAGACCAAUAAAUGUGAGACAUUGUCGUUAAGAUCUCAAUAUGUACAAAUUGCAAA